AUGGAUAGGAGAAUUGAGGCAAGGAGAAAAGAAUUUAAGAAGAAUAGUGAUGAUACGAGGAGAAAAAGGGAGGAUUUGGUGGUACAGAUAAGAAAACAACAAAGAGAAUGUCAAUUAGAAAGUAAAAGAGCAAUGAUAAUGGCAAAUAUAGGUUUUGAAGAAAAUUCUUCAUAUAAUACAACAAAUUAUAUAAAAACAAAUCAAAGUUAUUCAACAAAUGAUUCAUUAUAUAACACAUCUUCAAAUAAUAGUUCAAAUACGUUAGAAAUGUUAAAAAAAAUACCAUCCUUAGCUAUAGGUGUAAGAUCAUCCGAAUUUGUAACUCAGUUAAAUAGUACAAGAGAAUUAAGAAAAUUAUUAUCUAUAGAAAAGGGUCCUCCAAUACAAGAAGUAAUUAAUUCAGGAGUAGUACCAUAUAUAGUUGAGUUUUUAAAGUAUGAUGAUAAAACCGAUUUACAAUUUGAAGCUGCAUGGGUGUUAACAAAUAUUGCCUCAGGUUCACAAGAACAAACAAAAGUAGUUAUUGAUAAUAAUGCUGUACCUCAUCUUGUUAGGUUAUUAAAUAGUGAAAAAGAAGAUGUUUGUGAACAAGCUGUUUGGGCUUUAGGUAAUAUUGCAGGAGAUUCAGCUGAAUGUAGAGAAUAUGUAUUAAAUCAAAAUUCUUUACCAUUGUUAUUAAAAAUUUUAAGAACAAGUCAUAAAAGAACAUUAAUAAGAAAUGCAGCGUGGACUUUAUCUAAUUUAUGUAGAGGUAAACCAGCACCAAAAUUUGAAAUAGUUUCAAAAGCUUUACCAACUCUAGCUGCAUUAAUUUAUAAUGAUGAUGAAGAAAUAUUAACAGAUUCAUGUUGGACUCUUUCUUACUUAUCUGAUGGAUCUAAUGAAAAUAUUAAUGCUGUUUUAGAUGCAGGAGUGGCAGAACGAGUGGUUGAAUUAUUAAGUCACUGUUCAUUUUUAGUUCAAACACCUGCAUUAAGGACAGUUGGAAAUAUUGUUACUGGAGAUGAUUUACAAACAGAUGUUGUUGUUAAAUUAGGUGCAGUUCAAAAAUUAUCUUGCUUACUUAAUUCUUCAAAAAAAAGUAUUAAAAAGGAGGCCUGUUGGGCUUUAUCAAAUAUUACUGCUGGAAAUAUUUCACAAAUACAAGCCGUAAUAGAUAAUAAUGUUAUACCGCAACUUAUAAAUAUUUUAUUGAAAGAAGAUUUUGAAGUAAGAAAAGAAGCUGCAUGGGCCAUAUCAAAUGCAUCCUCAGGGGGAUCAGAAUCACAAAUUGAAUAUCUAGUAGAAUGUGGAGCUAUACAUUCCUUAUCCAACCUAUUAGAUGUAGAGGAUGCCAAUAUUAUUUCUGUAACAUUAGAAGGGUUAGAAAAUAUUUUAGAAAUGGGAGAAAAUAAAAAAUUGAGGGAUAAUCUUCCAUCUAACCCAUAUGUACACAUGUUUGAAGAAUGUGAUAGUGUACAUAAAAUUGAUGCAUUACAAGAUAGAAAAGUUGAUAAUAUAUGUAAUAAGGCAUGGAAAAUAUUGUAUAAGUACUUCCCUUUUAUUAUUAAUAAUGAAAUAAAUAAUGCGCAGGUAUCCCUAAAUAACGUUUUUGCAAACAGCGAUGACGCUGUUUUAAAUAAAGAUUUUACAUUUGAUUAA